GUCAAACAUAAACAUUUCCUUUCUUCAACUACUACUCUGUUUUCACUUUUCGAUUUGAGAAAAAAAAAAACGAUCACGAAGAUGGCGAAAGCAAGCUUUAUUCUACUCGGAACUCUCUUCCUCUUCGGAGCCAUAGCUUCAAUUCAGGCAAAAGAAGAUCUCAAGGAGGUUACUCACAAGGUUUACUUCGAUGUAGAGAUCGACGGCAAAUCCGCUGGUCGCGUUGUUAUAGGACUAUUUGGCAAGGCAGUUCCUAAAACUGCAGAAAACUUCAGAGCUUUGUGCACAGGGGAGAAAGGUGUAGGGAAGAGUGGGAAACCUCUACACUACAAGGGAAGCAAGUUCCAUCGAAUCAUUCCCAGCUUUAUGAUCCAGGGAGGUGACUUCACGCAUGGGAACGGUAUGGGUGGAGAAUCAAUCUAUGGUCAGAAGUUUGCUGAUGAGAACUUCAAGCUGAAGCACACUGGACCAGGUGUACUUUCAAUGGCGAACUCGGGAGAAGACACAAAUGGUUCGCAGUUUUUUAUCACAACGGUGACAACAAGCUGGUUAGAUGGAAGGCAUGUGGUGUUUGGGAAAGUGGUGCAAGGAAUGGAUGUAGUUUAUAAGAUUGAAGCUGAGGGCAAACAAAGCGGAACUCCUAAGAGCAAAGUCGUAAUUGCAGACAGUGGAGAACUUCCUCUCUAAGAAUAGCAUUUUAAAGUUACUCUUACGAGUUAGUUGUAAUCUAAACACGUCCCAAAUGCUACAAGAACAGAAUGGUGUCACUGGACUCUGAAAUUUCGUUUUCUUGCGUAACAGACUUUUCCAUGAAAAUAGUACUCGGCCUUUCCUGUUUUUAGAUACGCCAUGGAAACUCUAUGGAGUAGCUGCUGUAUCAGCACGAAUAUCUUCAUCCCAUGCUGCUUUGCUCUUAGAGAACACGUAAUAGACUAGUGCAAAUAUCCUAAUCCUUGUAAUCAUAUACAAACUCCAUGACACUCCUAAUCGCGCUUAAGAACCGGUGGUGGUAGUUGUGGUGUCGCCGUCCUUGGUCGUCCUCCGCCGCUGAUCGAAUUUUUUGGCGAAAUUGAGAGAUAAAUCAGAGUAAAUCUCCAUAACUUGAGAGAUAUUACCGUUGAUUUCGUUGAUCAAGCCAACGUUUCUAGAGACGUUAUCUGGGAUUCGAGACAUGUGGUUUUCGUUGACGCGUUGAAUCAAAUCACGAUUCUGAUCAAGAUAAAGCUGUGCACGUUUGAAUCCAUUACUCAACGUAUCCCACACCUCCACGUCUUCCACCGCUGCCGAAGCCGCAACAUCUUCGCCGUCGUUUUCGUUCAUCUCCGGAGAUCGGUUGUUUCCGACGAGCGAUCGAUUUCUCGAUGCUUCCAUUAUUUUACAAAUACAUCAAAAUUAUUCAUUCAUUGUUGACGACGCGAUUGGAAUUGUUUGUUUCUAAAGAUAUCUUUGGGAGGAAGAGAGAUGAAUUGGGGUGACACGUGGAAGAAACCGACCCGGAAAGCGGUUGGUCGGGUCAAGAAGAUGACGGUGACGGGGUUGCGUGAUGGACCA